CAUUGUUUAAAGUCUGGACUUAUAUCAAGAAUUAAGCACCCUCCUUGCUUUUUCAUCUCUCCUCCUCUAAGAAAUUCAUUACCCUUUACCUGCUUUUUUUUCUCUUUCUCUCUCUCUGUAUUUGAAUAAAGUUACAGGCAAUCCUGUGUAUAUACUUAUAUAUAUAUACACGUUAACGUUCUCUUUCCGGUGGUCAGUGUAUAAUUUGGGUACCGUCGGAAAAGUUGAGUUUGACCGAUUAAUCGGAAAGUUGUAGUAGGUGUCGAUGGGGCAUUGUUGCAGCAAGGGCUCUUCAGUUUCAGUCGUGAAAGAAAACGCCACCGUUGAAACCUCCGCCGUACAACGUCCAAAACCACCACCAUCGCCGGCGCCACCUCCCCCAGGUAAUGGAACUGUAGAGGUUCAGCCAAAUAGGCACACGCCAGCUCACUCUUUCUCGUCCAGCCCAUGGCAGAGUCCAUAUCCUGCCGGAAUUGCUCCUUCUCCGUCGCCGGCGAGGACCCCCAGACGUAUAUUCAAGUGGCCAUUCCCACCACCGUCGCCGGCAAAGCCAAUUAUGUCGGCGAUUCUGAAGCGGCGUGGCACAGCUAAUAAACCGACGGAGGGGCCUAUCCCGGAGGACGAAGGAUCAGAAGGCGAGAGACCGCUCGAUAAGAGCUUCGGGUAUCCGAAGAAUUUGACGGCGAAAUACGAAUUGGGGAAGGAGGUGGGGCGAGGGCAUUUUGGUCACACGUGCUGGGCUAAGGGUAAAAAAGGAGAGCUCAAGAAUCAACCCGUGGCUGUGAAGAUCAUUUCCAAAGCUAAGAUGACAACGGCAAUAUCAAUUGAAGAUGUUCGUAGGGAGGUGAAGAUAUUGAGAGCCUUAUCUGGGCAUAAGAAUCUAUGCAAAUUUUAUGACGUAUUUGAGGAUGCCAAUAACGUCUACAUUGUCAUGGAAUUGUGUGAAGGUGGGGAACUACUGGACAGAAUCUUAUCACGAGGUGGAAGAUAUGCAGAGGAAGAUGCUAAAACUCUUGUCAUGCAGAUAUUAAGUGUAGUUGCUUUCUGUCAUCUUCAGGGUGUUGUGCACCGUGAUCUAAAACCAGAGAAUUUUCUUUUUGCCACCAAAGACGAGGAUGCUUCUAUGAAGCUCAUAGAUUUUGGUCUAUCUGAUUUUAUUAAACCAGAUCAACGUCUGAACGAUAUUGUGGGCAGUGCAUACUAUGUUGCACCUGAAGUACUUCAUAGAUCUUACAGUGUUGAGGCAGAUAUGUGGAGUAUUGGUGUCAUAACAUAUAUAUUGUUGUGUGGAAGCAGACCUUUCUGGGCACGAACUGAAUCAGGAAUUUUUCGUUCUGUGCUACGAGCUGAUCCUAACUUUGAUGAUGCUCCUUGGCCCGUUGUAUCACCAGAAGCCAGAGAUUUUGUGAAAAGGCUUCUGAACAAGGACCACAGGAAAAGAAUGACUGCUGCCCAAGCACUAACUCACCCAUGGUUGAGGGACGAAAAUCGUGCUGUGCCUCUCGAUAUUCUGAUCUACAAGUUAGUGAAAUCAUAUAUCCGAGCCACGCCUUUAAAACGUGCAGCGCUUAAGGCUCUCUCCAAAGCGUUGACAGAGGAUGAGCUCAUUUACCUUAGGGCUCAGUUUAACCUCUUGGAACCAAAAGAUGGUUGCGUAUCCCUUGAUAAUUUUAGAUCGGCUCUCAUGAAGAAUGUGACUAAUGCCAUGAGUGAGUCAAGGGUACCUGAUAUUCUGAACGUGGUGAGACAUCUGAAUGUUGUUGGAGCUUUUUGUGGCACAACUGACAUUAGAGUGGCGUGAUCAUGCUAUAAGGCCUCAUUUAUUUAGAGUAUAUGAUAUGAAUGAGGCAUCACAUCAACUACCUAGUGUUUUUCUUUGGAAGCUGCAUUCGAUGACAAAAAUGAGCUGAAACAGAAGUGUAUCCAAAUUUUCUUUCUGCUUAGAUGACCAUGGGGCCUUUUUUUAUUGAACUAUUAGCGUUAUGCUGUGAUACCAUGUUCAGUGAGUUUUUCAUCUUGCGAGACUUUUACUUUCCAGAGGACAGCCUCACCUUAAAAUAGAUUAAAUGGGGCAUCAACCUUACGGUUGUUUUUUGUUUCUGGUUUGCUCUUAGUAUUGGCUUUCAUGUAAAUGACAUUUGUCCUUUUGACUUAGGAGUGGGGCAUUGGAUCUUUCUGUUAACGAAUACUACUAUUACAAACUAACGCCUUUGCCUUAUAAUUCUAGAUUGAACCUCUAUCUUGUAAAAGUAUGACGUUUGAAGAGUUCUGUGCUGCUGCUAUUAGCACAUACCAGCUGGAGGCUCUUGAAGGAUGGGAGAGCAUUGCUAAUAAAGCUUUCGAGUGUUUUGAAGAAGAAGGAAAUCGAGUCACAUCCGUUGAGGAAUUAGCACAGGAAUUAAAUCUGAGCCCUACUGCUCACACUUUACUCAGAGAUUGGAUCAGGAAAUCUGAUGGAAAACUUAGUUUCCUUGGAUAUACCAAGUUCUUGCAUGGUGUGACAUUUCGUAGUUCUAAUACAAGACAUCAAUAACAGGUUUAAGAGUGCUUACGUUUUCCUAUUUUAUUUUCUUUCCCUUUUUUAUUCUCUGCAUAAAAAUAGAAGAAAUGAACGUGUUAAAGGAUCCGAUAUUUAGAUUCUUGAAGCUACAUGAGUCCAUUUCAAUUUUCAACUCUUAGUUUUGUGCUUUAUAUUGUGUUUCAAAAUCUUUAUAGUAGACUUCUUUCUGUGAAAAAAAUGUGGUGUACAUCACUGGAUUGACGAGUUUUUAUAAUAUAAGAGCUUCU